UAGCGUCAAACGUCCUACACGUUUAUAUCCCACGUAAGCUCGAAAUGAGUACGUAUGAUCUCGCAUAACAGGUGUACUUUUAUAUACAUUAUAAAAUUAUGGUGUCAACAAGAAAGUGCUUUGUGUGCAUGGAGAUAAAGACAAGGCGAGUACACACAGAUAAGGAGAAUUUUAAUGGUUACCACCGGAGUGUACAUUCCUAGGGUUAGGGGAACUAACGUGGGGUUACGGAAGGGAUGUAUAUCUGUAUACAUCUAGGGUUGCCUGAGGAUAAAAAGAAGCACAGUCGAAUGUGGGGUCGUUCAUUGAGGAUUUGUAAAAGGAAUAAAAGGGUCAUCAUUCUAUUAAUCGAUGAUGCUGCGCUAAGGGCAAUUAACGGGGUAGCGAGUAGGAGCCAAAUGAGUAAACAUGUGGCAUUAAGUUUUCAGUGGCGUAGAGAGAGGGCACGGGACAUGACGAACGCAGGGCUACAGCGAGGUGCGGGCAGUCUGCGCACAGACAUCGAUCGAAAGCCACCUCACGCUCCAUUCUCUCUUCGAAUCCCGGUGUUUUCAUUCGAUUUCUACCGAGUGAACUACCCUUUCUUGUCGGUGGAAAACGUUCUACCGUUUAACGAGUGUAUCACGAAGACGUCUGAGUUCGUCGGAUCAAGUGACACUGUGUUUAUACUUUGAUUUUAUUAAGAAUAUUUAAAGGACUGGAGAUACGACUUGAAGUUCUGAGUUCACGAGUUCACUGGCUGCUACAACGCAUCACGGCACUGAAAGCAUCAUCGAAUUUGUCAAUCAAAAGGAUAAUGGCGAGGUGGUAAUCUCGCGAUUUUUAUCGAAUGGCAGGACGGCGUACAAUUACCCAGAAAAAGGAUCGAAAUCUCAGGAUCUAGUGCAGCGAUGUUCAAGCGACUCUCAAAGGCCAGGCGUCACAGCGCCGAAGGGGUUGCCAAUUCACUGCCGCCUUCGACGACCCUUGAUCAGCCACCCGGUGAGCUCAGCCCGCGGACCAGUCCGGAUUGCCAGCAACCUCAGAGCCUGAACUCCGGCUUGAUACGUAUAGCCAGGAGUAAGCACUCUAGAAGAAGCUGCGGGGAUGUGCCUCUGGGCGGCUUCUUGUCGCCGCGGAACGACCAGGUGUCGCAUGGGACCAGAGGUGGUAUCGAGACCGAUUAUCAGAUGGUAACGGCGGUUCCUGCCUUUAUCGUGGAACACGAUCCCGAAAAGCAAAAAGGGCUAGGCGUCUGGGGCAGGAGGAUGAGCAAGAAGAUAGACUCGUUCCGUCGAGCUGGAUCUCGCGAGAUGAUAUGUCCUGGAGAAAGGAUGCCUCAGGAGAAGCUGGAUACGAAACCCGAGAUGAAAUUGGAAACAAAACUCGAGAGGAGGAUACCCAGUUCUCAGAGAUCGCCCUCGCCCUUCAAAUCCUUCUUUAUUCGUAUGGGUUCCACGGGGAUGCUCAAUUCCACUAAACACAAUAGAAGAUCUCAGAGCAUCGAAGAUCAGCUUAAGACACCCGAGAAGGAGAAUCUCUUCAGGAGUUGCAGUACCAGUCAGCUUAACACCAGUCCUACCUACGUGAAAGGAGAUGAUCCUUCCGAGGGGAUUGAUCUUCAGAUUAACAGGAAGGACAAGACUGCCUCCUGUGAUAAUUUAACUGGACAGCAGGACGACGAGGUCUUCGAGACGAUGGUUGGCCUGACGCCUCCGCCACGUUCCUCCACAUUCAACUCCUGCGACUUCGGCGAGGUCAAGAACGACGCGCUUAGGAAGUCGAGUAGCUGUGACUUCAAGGAAGUCAAGAAGUCGAACUUCCCUUAUGCCUUUUUACGCUCGAAAUUGUCUGUAUUACCGGAAGAGAGACACGGCUCGUUAGCGUCGAAGGAUGAGAGACUCUUCAAGACCGCCUCCGAGGAACACUUUCCCACUCUCAAGAUAGAAGAGUCCUUCGACGGCACUACUACGCUCGGCAGGAGACGUUCCAGGAACAACUACAACAGGGAGUGCAGCAGGUCACAGGAGACUGCAAGACUUGGACGUAAUUCCUACUCGGAAUUUCGUAACGGAGGACCGUCCGGUAUGAACAGAUGCGAGCAAGACAGGUACAGCCUGAAUCCGAGCCAUUUGGAGAGGAUCGAGGACAAUUUUCAGCAGGAAGAUGCAUCCUACACUUCCUCCUACGUCAGAAGUCCAGUACCUUCUCUGGAUUCAAGUCAGGAUAGGGUAGACUUCGGUUCUCGGAUAGGAGACUCCCAGUACUCCGAUUUACCCACCUUGAAUGCUGAUCUGGACGUAAUGGCGACUCUACGUAAUCAGCGACGCAAUUCCGCUCCCAGUGGUGAACAGAGACUGUCUUCGCACUAUGUAAGCUCCAACGAAUCAGGUUACGAUAGUGAUGGACCUAGGGGAGAAUCUGCAGCAGCUUCAGAGAAUGAGGCACUCAGUCUAAAGUGCACAGACAGUUCGGAUACCAGCAGUGUCAUUGAUUCUGAGAUCGAGAAGCCGAUCAGAAGUUCGACGCCUAGCGAAUAUCAUGAACAGGACGCCGAUUUAACACGGGGAAAUAAAGCCUCGGAUAACAGUACAAAUUCUACGAAUGGUAAUUCGGACAUUGCCGAGAAUAUUGAUGGUCUCAGAUGGCAUCAGAGCAGUUCUGGAAGAAUGUUGCCUAGUAUACAUCAGACAUCUUUUGUCGAAGAUUCUGCUGCUGCUGCGGAAUCGCCACUCUCGCGCGAUAACGGAAAUCCCAUUUCCGAUGGCACGCCCAAGACCUUCUCGAAUUCUCCACAUCGCGCGAGACUUCAGCAAGAUAAGACACGAUUUUUAACUGAUAUCAUACAGCCACCUAAGAGGGUAAGACGCUGUAGACUGAUUCAAUUGGCUAAAAGAGAUCCUAAGGAGAGCUUGGGUAUUAGACUGGCACAACAAAGAUCAGGAGACAUACGUUACAUAGUGGUCCAGCUCGAAAACGAUGGUAUUGCUCACAGGGAUGGCAGAUUAAGACUUGGCGAUGAGAUAGUCGAAGUGGAAGGUAAAGAGUUGAGAACCCUGGAAACGCUAGAGGAAGUUCAGGACUUCCUAAAAUCUUUCAAGGGAAACCGAGUACAACUCAUGACAGCAUACGAAGAGACGGUGCCUCAAGUUUUCACGAAUUCUACGAUAAUACCAGGAGAAUACGAGUACCUAGAAAACGCAAAGAACCUCUCAAACAUUUCACUACGUAAUAUCCAAAAGAAACAAGGACUAAAUAACAAGAAUCCUGCGUCUUCCGAUCAAAGCGUUGAUCUUCGUAAGAGACCAGACUUCCUACCUCUGACAGUUCUCGGCAAGGACCGCAAGGAUGCGGAAACUGCUCUAGAGUCUAUACAAGAGUCUCAUCAGUACUUGACAAAACACAUAGCCAAAUUUGAAAAAGGAUACGGUAAACCAAGUUUAGGGUUUAGCAUAGUAGGCGGCAGGGAUAGUCCUCGCGGAGAGAUGGGUAUCUUCGUCAGGAGGAUCUUUCCCGGCGGACAAGCAGACGUAUCGAAACGUCUACUUCAAGGCGAUGAAAUUCUCAGCCUAAAUGGAAAAGUACUGCGUGGCUACACUCAUCAGGAAGUCAUCGAGCUCUUCAAGGCGGUCAGGGAAGGCCCCGUCGAAUUGGAAAUAGCGAGAAGACACAGGUAUCCGAAAACUGCUUUAAAGUCAGCGCCUUAUUAGGAUCGACAACGAAACCCACCGGAAGUGCUCUUUUUUUUUCUAAGCAGCCUGUCCACGCUUAUGCCGUGCAAAGUUUUAGAAUCUAGUCUUCUUUGAACAAAUCGAUUAGCUUCUUGACCUUUGUCUCGUUUAAUUUAUUUGCCUCUCAGUACUGCAGUUGUUUAGUGGAUUAAGAAUUUUUUUAUAUAAGAUUUUAUAUCGAUACGUUAUAUA